CAGGCCUCAAAACAGAAGGGGAAAACCUGGAAACUCAUACUCCCAUGAGCCUUGGCCAGCCGGCUUUUUACUGGAACCCAGGGAAGGUACACUCCUGCAAUCAAAAAGUGACGGUGGCUAAAACUAUGUUAAUUGUUACUUAUAUGUGUGUAUCUGUGUUUAUGAAUAUCUGUGAGUUUCUUAGUGUGUGUAUGUGUGUGUGGCAGUGCAUACAUCUCUUCAUUCAAAUGCCAACACUAUACACAAACACAAUUCUUCGUUCAAACGCCAACACUGAACAUAAAUACACCUCUAUAUUCAAAGGUCAACACUAUACACAAACACAAAUCUGCUUUAAAACGUCAAUACUACAUACAAUAACAUUCAAACACUCCAUGCAAAUACAGUUCAAUGGCCAUUACUACAAACACUGCUAUACAUUCAAAUGCACACACUACACACAAAGUUCUGUAUUCACCAGUACUAUACACAGAUAUAUCCCUGCAUUCAAAUGCCAACUUUACACACAAAUACACCAUUGCAUUUAAAUGGAACAGUACAUACAAACACACAAAUGCAUUCUAAUGUCAACACUACACACAAAUACAUAUUUUUUAUUUUCUGUAAAAAAGUAAUUACAUUUAUGACAUUAUGUGAAGUUCUUUAUGCUCGCUUUUUUUUUUCUUUGUGUGUGUGUGUGUGUAUGUGUGUGGAAAUUGUAUGCAUUUUGCCCUCCAUACCUAUAUCAGUGGACAAUUUGGCCCUCCAGAACAAAUUACACCCUUGCACUACACAAACAUUAAAUAUUUAACAGUUACUCCAACCUGCAUUUACAUUUUUCCUUGGCACUUGGAUUUUCCAUAUGUCACUUGGUUACCCCCCAUUUUGUUACCUGAAAAACUGUAAAAGUAAAAAAUGAUCUAGAAUCCAGCAUUGGGCCAAGAUCUUCCGGAUCAUACGCACACAGAUUGUUUACACCAUAACUACUUCUAAUAGCAGAAGUGUUCAUGGAGGUUGAAGUAACACUUUAAUCACUACUUUAACACAUACACUAACAUUACCCCUUAUCUAAAAUAGGUGAAAAUAAUGCCAUCUCAGGGUUCUGGAAACCUGCUCUGAUUUAGUGUUAUACUGUAUGUAUUCCUAAUAUAAUAGUUUUAAUCUAUCUGUAGCAAUGUCCUCCCCUGCCAUACACGGGCUUGAAGGGUGAAACUUACCUUUCAGUCUUCGCCACCCCAGUCUCGUCCUGCUGGCUCAUCUAUUUGGACGGAAGCAACUCUAGUGGCUGUCAUUGCGAUAGCCUCUAGACCAGAGACCAGCAAUAUUUUCACUUGCAGGUUUAUAACUACAGAGGCAUGGUACACAGACCAUUUCAUUGAGAUGAAGUGGUCUAGAUGCCUAGUGUCUCCUUAAUGUCCCCAGAAACUCUCUAUAGCAUUAAUUCCUUUAUUCCCACACACAGGUCCCCAUUAUUUUCCCCAUACCACAGUAAAACACAAACACACACAAUCUCACCCUCAUUCUAUAAAAAUGCAAUAUCUCCCUGGCCUGUAUUUUUCAGUUUGAUUGUCAAUAUUCAGUAUCCCACAAUCCCAGUUUAAGUAAACGGCUCCCAAGAGAAUUACAGGCAUGACCCACGCAUUGCAGAUAUACGCCAUGCAUGUCCUCCUGUGGGUUUUAACAGGCUGGAAGGUCACAUAACCAGCUGUGGGUCAAGACAAGCUGCAUGCAUUGCAGGUUAUAAUCAAACCAGCUAGAGCAUUGUGAUUCUACAAAUACAUAAAAAUAAAAACCAUGGAUAAAAUAUAUAUAUAUUUUUUUAAAAGGUCAAAGGAGACAGUUUAAUAUCUAGGUACCAGAAUAUACUAAUUUGACAAUGUUACGGAAAUCUAUAUACAGAAGAAUAGCAGAUUAGGGAUAACAGCUUGGCUAUUUUUGGCUUCAUUUUGCAAUUUAGGUUUCAGUUCAUUACAGUUUGUAUAUCUGUGUGCCGGUUGUAAACCGUCUCAUUCUAAUGUAGAGCUUAAAGGGUUACCGUAACCCUUUGUAUACCAUUUUUCUAUUUAGUUUAUAAAACUCUACUUGGCACCAUUCACAAGGUUCAUCCCCUGUAAAAUUAGGCGAAGCUCCCCUCUCUGUUCUCUACACCUCCAUUGUUGUAACAGCUGAACCCUCACGAUCCAAUCAAAUGCUUCCCAAGGACGAGCAUUGAUUGGACCGUUCUACUGGCUCACAUGGGAGGGGAUGGAGGGAAAAAAAUUAGCAAUUUAAAAUUAGAGGACGGCAGGAGGCUUGAAACAAGACAGGGAGGGGACACAAAUGAGCUGGAAAUGUCUGUCAUCGGCGCACAGUGCCGUAUUUUUUUUUGCACAGAAUUGACAUUACGUCACACUUGCUGCGGGUGAGACAAGCUCUGGAACAAAAGUACAAAUAUCUCAGUAUGUGCAGCGCUUCAAGCAGAAAUACUCCUACCACCACAACCACUUCUAAAAGCAGAAGUGGUCAUAUUGUCAUGGUGGUUGCAGUAACCCCUCUGUACGCCCUGUUUAUGUUCCUUCUUGCACUUAUGUGACAAAUGUAUAAAGCUUGAUUUUUGAAGUUUGAUAUAAUGUGUUCACUUGGUAAGAUAUAUAUAAAUAUAUAAAGUUUAACCAGAGUUUGGCAUUUUUGAUGAAAAAACAAACAAACACUUGGGUUCCAGGUUCCACUGUUUUAAAUGAUGAUUUAUAUAAAUAGCAUCUAUUUUGUUAUGAUCGACUGCAAUAAAAGCAUAAAUAAUAGACUGCACUCUUUCAAUUCAUUUUAAUAGUGCUAAUGGUUUGUUUUGGGCUUUAAAGUUUUUAUUUCUAAGAUUUAAAGAAAAGAAAGUUGAAAAAAAAAUGUAUUUUAUAAAAAAAAUAAUAAAAAAAAAUAAUAAUAAGAAAAAAAAAAAAGAUCCAAUGUAGAAGUUCACUAACACAGGCAAGGGGUGUAUGCUCAGCUCUGACGUCAGCUAGCCCCGGGGAGAAUAAUGUAUGAGUGACGUCACUCCCAAUCAGCACGGCGGGGCGGGGAUAAAGCUCGGUAUUAGAACGCAGGAGUCACGUAGCUCUGCAGCAGAAUCCUCUCGCACAGGAAGCAGCAUCUUUAGUACAUAGGCAGAGCACUAUCGCAGGUGAGUGCUUCCUCGCUGGAUAAAAUGUAUUGUGCAGGCUGAGAGCUUUGUUGAUGCAGGGGCUGAUCUCAAGCUGCUAUAUUACUGUCACUACCCCUGGGAUCAGGAAUUAUUAUGCUGUAAGGGCUCAGGUAUAUUUUGUUGCAAAUAUUAAACUUUUCAUUGUAGGUUCAGGUGUCAGAUAUUGUGUCCUGUAAUUAAAGUAUCUGCUGUUCUAUGGUCAGACAUGGCUUCCACUUCAUCUCCACCCUAGCUGUCUCCAUCAUGUGUAUAAAUGGCAGUGGAUUGCAUUCUGUGAGCUGUCAGUGUGAGGUGGGAUUGACUCCUAAUUCAAUAAACUGGUAUAAGGCUAUAUUCCAAUACUCUCAUUAACUAUGGAUCUAUGUGAAUCCUGGUCUAGUGUUUUCAGCUGUUGGAGUAGAUGGGCAGCCAUAUUGGAGAGCUUUUUACAGCAUAUUUAUCUUGGAUCAAACUAGUAUAUGAAUAUCCCUGGCAGAUACCUGUGCUAAUGUUCCUAGGAUUCUAAUUAGGAAUGGAUUGUUAACUGAAAUGUUAACCUAUGCCUUCUCACUCUGGCUCCACAAGUCUUUUAUUUAUUUUUUUCCAUCCCUUUCCUCUUUAUUCUGUGUAUAAAAGGAUGGGGCACAUGAUGGGGAGGAAGGUUUAGUGGCCAUUGCUCAGUGAUGCUUCUAAUACGUGCCUGUGUACCAUUCUAAUAAGAUGUUAGGUGAUCGUAAUGGGAGAUAUUUAUCAAGGCACAGCAUACACUAAUUUGGCUGCUAAAUGUUGAGAGGCCUAUUGCUACUUUUAUAUUCUGCACUUUGCCCCAGAAAAGCAUCUAUUUUUGCUCUGAAUAAUCUCCAGUAGUACUGUUCACUCCUGCAAAGCUAUAAAAUGCAUUUUAGCUAACUUUUUUUUAAGUAAAAGUGUAUAUUUCAACUUGGCCUGUUUGUAAAGAUGGGUUUUAUUCCCAAGGAGACUGCAAAUGUUGGGCCACUAUAGCUGGCUAUUCAAUGUGGCCUACAAUUUUCUAUUACGCUGUUUAAUUUGUUAUUGCUCCCUGUUUUAGUGCAUACUCUCCUAUGAUUCUGUCCUAGUAAAAUUACUUAUUCUGUCUGCAUCUUGGCUAUGAUUUCAGCCCCUGAAGCAAUUUGAGGGAAAGGACAACACAAGGUCACUCUGAUGCUGGGUGACCCUGCGUGGUAUCUUGGGGUUUAUGUAAUACAGAAACUCUCAUAGUAGUCUUUAGGGACUCUUCGUGGUAAAUGCUGCAUGGCUUUUUAUGUUUUUAUUAUAUUAAUUCACUUGUGUAACACCUUGUAUGUUUCUGGGUAGACUACUAAUGGAACAACUCCCCCCCCCUUAUAAUCUCCUUAUAACAAAGGUGCAUUUGUUUACUUGUAUAAAACUGAAGCAAGUUGGCUUUUACACGUACUUUUCUAUGGCAUGGUAUCAAAAUGUCAUUCAUACAUAGAACAGGCUAUACGAAGCCAAGAUUGUAACAGAAACUGACAACCAAAGAGCCCAGCAAUGUAUCAGUACACUAAAAAAUAACUUUACAUUUUUUUUUUCUCUACCUGUUACUAUGGGAACCAGAGCUUGAUGUCAGAGCUGAGUUUCUUGGCUCAUUAAUUGCUUUAACACUUCAUUUGAAUCUCUCAGGACCAUGUCCUGCAGGAAUAUAUAACCUGCAUUUAAUGCCCUUAUUUCCUAUAACAAAUUAGAUGGUUUGAGUGGUCUUAUUUUUGUUUUAAAUUUAAAAUAUUUAUUUUUAAACAAAAGAAUGGUUAACUCUAAACAUGUAAUGUAUUAAUUGCAGGGUGAAUUGCAAGAUUGUGCUGGUUAGUGGCUUUAAAUUGUAUUUAUUUUUAAUAAAGGACAGGUGGUCCAUAUUUUGCACACAUGGCCAUCACCACACCCACCAAUCUUAUUCUUCCUAUAGAGAAUCAUGACCUUGACACUCAAAGGUGUUUCAUUGAGGAAGUUCCUCAAAUGGCUGGCUGUCUGAUGGCUAGUAGAAAUAUUGUCAGAAAAGGGGAUGGGUUCUAGGUACCAAAACUACUUCACUAAGAUGACAUGGGUUUCCCCUUUAAAGGGACUCCACAACUGAUCAAUACAUUGUAUGGGUUAUAGUUGAGAAUGGGUCCCACCAAAAAAUGAAACCUGACAAUUUGGGCCUCUCCCUGGAAACCGUUGGGCAGUUCCUCUGACGUGAAUCCUACUUCACUUAUCUAUAUGAAUCCAUUAAACAUUGGGCUGCUUUACUAGGCCUUGAGUGCUGAGUUAAACUGCUCCCAUCCUAUCGCUACCAUUUAAAGGUUGGUGAGCUCAGUAACCCCCUGGUGGGGGUCAUCCCAGUCCACACUAGAAUGGCUGGCAUAUCCUGGAUACUGGGCCCCUAAGCAGAAUGCCUUGUUCACCUAUGACAGAGCCCUCAAUGGAGGCAACAUGGCAGCCGUGACAUUAACUUUUAAUGCGGUCUGUGAUUGCUUAUGGUGCCAACUAGAAGAGUGCGCAUCAUCCUUCCUUACCAUUAUUAUUCCAAUAUAUUCUGUAGUGCUUUAUUAUGGGGGAGGGGGGGGGGGAGAAAAUUAACUAUAAAUAGAACAAUUACAAGAAAACUUACAGGAACGAUAGGUUGAAGAGGACCCUGCUCAAACAAGCUUACAGUCUAUAGGAGGUGGGGUAUAAAACACACUAGGACAGGUGUGAGUGAGGCAGAGCUGGAGGAGAGAGUAGAGUGCUGCCCUUCAGGAGAUGGCAAGAGACUGAUAUAUGAGGUGGUCACUUAGGGAGGCCCCCAUCUUUCCUAAAGAGAUGGGUUUUAAGGCAUUUCUUAAAUGACUGGAGAGUCUGGCGGUAGGCAGGCUAUUCCAGAGGAAGGAAGCCUCCCACAAGAAGUCCUGCAAGCAUGAGUUGGCCGUACGGGUGCGAACAAUGCACAGGAGAAGGUCAUGAGCAGAGCGGAGAGACCAAGAAGGGGCAUACCUAUGGAUCUGUGAAAAGAUAUAAUAGGGGCUAGAAUUGUUCAUUGCUUUUAUAGGUAUGGGUUAGCACUUUGAAUUCCUAUAUCCUAUAGGAGUCAAUUCAAUGUAAGGACUGACUGAGGUGUGAGGACCGACUAAAGAGAAAAAUCAGUACUGGUGAGGCCUGUUGUUCUCCUACUGGGAUGGAGGACUAUCCCUGGGGACUCUGACCUGUGGGGUAAUGGGGCAGAUAUGCAUAUUUUGGUGGUUUGGGCCUAAAAUACCAUUCCAUAUUCUCCUGCCCAGGUAUCGGUUAACUAAAACCUGACUGGUGCUUUGAGCUAUACCAAGUUGGCAACUUUUCAUCUUCUAUUGAUUAAUAUUUGUGUUGGCCUUGUAUCAUGUGCAUGUACUUGACCAGUACUAGCUACGUAAAUCGGAGGCCAUGUAUCGAAGCUAAAUGGUUGGUUAAGAUUUUUAUUUUACAAAUGUGCAGUUAAUAAUGACUUAUUUUUAGUUCACAAUGUGCAGCAAACUUUCUAAAUCUCUCUGCAAAUAUAUUAUUGCUCUACUUUAAGAUAUCACUGUUCUGCGUAUAUUUGAUGUAAUAUUGUCUAAUGUCCCGCUAUAUGUAUGUUUUACUAAUCUAGACAUGUACACUCCUAUUUGUGAUUGUAACCCUGCACAACAAAAAUGAAUUGAAUAUUUAUUUAAAAAAGAAAAAAAAAAGGAGAGGAACCAUGUGCUACUCCAUCAUAAGUGUGUGUGUGUAUUUUUUGUUUUCUGCAAACUGUUCAUGCCUUGUUUUCUUUACACGUGGGUUUGGGUAGCAGUAUGGGAGUAUAAAGAUUUGCUUAGAAUUUCAAGUUUCAAAGAGCUUUACAAUGUUGAUAACUAAUCUCUUUACUGCAUUCCAAGGCUACAAUCCUUGGACAGUCAAAAUCUUAAGUUUGAUUAAGGAAACACUAGGCUCAAGGUGUCUGUAGAGGACAACCGGCAUGGAUUCGUGGCUACUGCACUCUUGCUAAUCUCAAAUGCUCAUAAUGCAGUACAUUUAUCUCUGGCAGUGGCUUCUUUUAUGGAUAAACCUGAUUCAUAUUUUUGUCUUUUCAAGUGAGACAAAUGUACCAUAGCUAUGUUUAAAAUAAACAUUUCUUUUUUACAAAAUUCGUACUAGUUACUCUUAUUUAACCAAAAAUGGGAUCCUAUUCUGUAACCAUCUAAUUUUUAUUUUCUUUCCAUAAAAAAAAAUCAGAACAAAGAAAAUGACUCACCAAUACCCAGCACUCUCCUCAGACCAGAAAAAGGAGUUGUCCGACAUAGCCCAUCGGAUAGUAGAGAAAGGGAAGGGAAUCCUUGCCGCUGAUGAAUCUGUAGGUGAGUAUUACGGUUUAUUAAACGUGCUACUUGUUACAUUAUUUUUCUAAAUUUACAAUACACUUCUACAGGCUGACUAAUAAAGAACCAUAAAUAAAGUAUUCUAAAAAUAAUUAAAUUGGGGGGAGGAGGAGAAGGAAAUUGGAGCGGGAGGAGAGAUUGACAUUCAUCACAUACACAAUGCACCCCUUGCACACAGGAAAAACACACAAUGCAUUGCACACACAGACACACACGCAAUGCAUUCAUUACACACACUCAAUGCACCCCUUACACACAUUCAAUGCAUCCCAUACAUACACAGAAACACACCUUGCAGCCCUUACACAUACAAACACAAUUUCACACAAUGCAUUCCUUACACACAUAUCAGGACAUCCCCUACACACUCCACCCCCUGUGAACAAACUCAUUGGUGGAACAUGAAGGUGGACCCUGGGACCCAGACCUUGAGCUGUGUAAAGGACCCCCAAAAAAUGGAGCUGCUUCCCGUUCUCCCAGAACAUUGAUUUUUGUGACCACAGUUACAAACCGCCUCCAGAGAGCCUGUUCUGCACCAGACCAGUGGAGCCAGACUGCAGCUAGAGCCCAUCAUCAUCCUCAUCUGGUUGUAAGUAGGCAAUCUAGUAUAUUAUUCGUGGCACUAAGCUCUAAUUUACCUCACAUUAAAGAAACACUAUAGUCCCCAGAACCACUUCAGCUUAAUGUAGUGGUUCUGGUGUCUAUAGCCUGUCCCUGCAGGCCUUUUAAUGUAAACACGGCGGCACUGCAGCACUGGCGUUAGUUAACAUGGCAAAUCAUAUGGGUGGGGCAUUGUGAUGUCACAUGGGGGGGCGGCAAACUUUACUUUUGCCUAGGGCGGCAAAAAUCCUUGCACCGGCCCUGGCUGGAGGGGGCUGUGUGAGCUGUGGCCGCACAGUGUCCCAUGGUAGUUAGGGUGCCGUGCGGCCAGUACAGCUCACACAAGCAAACAGCUGAUAAACUGGCCGCACGGAGGAAAUGUGUAUGUGUGACUGUCUGUAAGUGUGUGUGGGGCUGCAGGGAUUUUGUAGAAGGGGGCGGGGGUUUUGUAUUGGGACAGGAGUCUUUACAAAUUGUAAAAAAAAAAAGAGAACCUUAAAAUUUUACGUGGGUUUUUUUUGUUUUUUUUUGGGGGGGGGGUUGGGGGAUGUGCCAAGCACAGGAUCCGCCCCGGGUGCCAAAUGCUCUAGGUACGCCCCUGGUGGGAGGAGAUGGUAAAAAGAAUAAUCUUAUGCAUAAGGAGGUUUGUUUGGUUUUUUUUUUUUUUUUUUUUUUAUAAAAUUCCAUCUAUAUUAAUGAAAAAUGGUUAAAACUGCAGACAGUGGGGAAUACUGAACAGCCAAUUAUAAUAAAACACAUUUUUGAAAUAACACUCAAACCAUGGGGGUGACGGUGCCUACUAUGGGUAGGCUGCAUUCAGCACUCCAGAUGUUGUUGACUAAAUCUCCCUAAUGCAACAGUGAAGAGGUAGUCAACAUCUGGAGUGCAAAGGCUGCCUACCCCUGCUCUAUAGUCCUGUAUUUAGUAUGUAACAAAUCACCCCUCAUAUAGUCUAACUUUUUAUAUACCCACAUUAGAACCCCCUUAACAGAAGUGGGGUAAGAGUUGCUAUACUGGAGCAAAACAUGCUGUGUAAUUCCUAAUAUUUAAAUGUCUUAACGACAUAACUGUCUAAAGAUUUUCUUAACUGUUCCUACCUCUUAAGUUAACAUGCAGUUGCAGUAAAAUAUAAUCUGAAAUGUCUCUUUGGGUACUCUAACAUUGUGGAACACAUUUUGAUAGGUGUUGAUCUCCUAAAUGUCAGCAGUCAGAUGACUCAUUUGGUGGCAUGAGGCUCCUAUAUGAGCUAAAAUGUUGCCUGAUCAACUUUUUUUUUUUUUUUUUUUUUUUUGUCAUUACUUAUUAAAACUUUCUAAAUGAAUCACAUUACUGAAAGUGCAAGAUUAAUUUAGCCAGCAUUGUGGCUUUUUGAAGACUCUAUAGCACUGCUUAUAUUGGAACCUGACCGUGUGAAUGCUCUCUAUUUAAAACCCUAAUUUUGUGGUUUGGUUUUGCCUUGCUUUUAGGGAGUAUGGCCAAACGUUUUAGUGGAAUUGGAGUAGAGAAUACAGAAGAGAACAGACGUCUGUACCGGCAGCUACUUUUUAAGGGUGAUGAUCGUAUGAAGAAAUGCAUUGGUGGUGUCAUCUUCUUCCAUGAAACCUUGUACCAACAGGGAGACUGCGGCACCAACUUUGUUAAGAUGAUCAAAGAUAAAGGCAUUGUUGUAGGGAUUAAGGUGAGACUUUGCUUUGUCUAAACCGAUAGUUAAUCACAGAAGAACUGAGCUUGCUGAACAAACAUCCCUGCUGUGGGCCAACUUUGUACUUGACACAUGGAUUCAUCAUGAAUCUUGAAUGGCUAAAUUGUCUAACGAAUAUAGUAUUGGAUAACAGUUAGUUGAAAGUGUGACUGUAAAUAAAACACUCUCUUGUACAGUAGUCUUAAAGGGGACACUGAGACCAUUAUAUUCUAAAUCGAUGCUGCCCCUUUUCUUGGGCACUGUAAAACAUUACUGACACUAGAGUCGCUUUCUUAAUAAGACCUUUUACAUUUUGUGAUUUCCAUAUACUGAUCAAGGGUCGUGAUUUUGAUUUAAUGAGGUCUUAAAUCUAAACUAAAUGACUUCUAUACUUGCAGAUAUCUUAAUUCUAAUGUUCCUUUAAUGCAGCAUUCCAUUUAUAAAGCCUAAACACCAGUCCCAUUCUCUUGAGAUGCCAGUGGUUUACAAGGACAUAUAAAGGAGAGCUCACUGAGUUCUAUUAUUAGCACUCUGUGCAGAAGCUGCUUCAAUAACAGCAGCUUAUCACUUCUAUCCUUGUUUCUAUGGAAUCUCUAGUACCUUGAAUUUUCCACAUUACUAGGCAGCAGCUGUUAUGUGAUGGGCUGAACACAUGUCGUUGUAUUUCUCCUGACUAUCCAAACCUAUCUAAGCAAAUCUAGUAUAACUGACUGAAAUGACAACAGACUAUUUUAUUGGUUGUCUCUAACAGGUAGACAAAGGUGUAGUUCCUCUUGCUGGUACCGAUGGAGAAACCACUACUCAAGGUAAUGAAACUAAUUCAUUAUUAUAAGUGAAUCUAUGCCAAUGACGGUAUCUGUGGCUUACAUCAAGCUCUCAAUGACUUGGUAAAAUAAUGGUGAUUACUUUUUCAAGAUGGUUUGGAUUGGUGAUAGUCACUUGUAAAUAAUUAUGGGGGUUAAAGAGCUGUAUAUUUUGACCACCAUAGGCACCACUUAAGAUGCAGUGGUCCUGCAAUGUAAAACAUUGCGGUCUUGUAGAUUUGGCUAGUUUAUUGCAGGGAUAAAGACACUUCAUGGCUGUCUUCCUGACUGCCACUAGCUGAUGCUUUCACUGUCAUGUGAUGUCUGUUCUUGCUCAUUGCACGUCCUCUAUUGCUUAUCAGCACUGGAUUCAGUGCUCUCUUCUCAUCCAAUCAAAUGCUCAUGAUAGAGGUGGAUGAUUGCACAGAGUGAGCUGGGGGGAAAGACACAAGUUAACCCCCAUCUAGUGGGCACUGAAUCUAAAUAGGGGGUAGAAAACUAGCUUUGGGAUACAGGUCUCUAUUCUAAUGCUAUAGUGUCUAAGGAUUUUUUUUUUCUAACUAUUUUUUUUGCAAUCAAAAUACUAGUGGCACACUAACUGAAACGUGUGUUUUAACACUUAAUAGAAGUUUGAUCUUUAUACUGUAGUGGUGGCUUCCUAUUAUGGCAUCUAGUGCAACAGUGGAAGGAAUGCUGAUCGUGGUGUGAAUUGUGCUUUUCAGUAAGCUGUCUGACCCUCCUAAAUUGUUUUAGGUUUGGAUGGAUUGGCAGAGCGCUGUGCUCAGUAUAAGAAAGAUGGUGCUGACUUUGCAAAGUGGCGUUCUGUGCUGAAGAUUAGUGAGAACACUCCAUCUUCCCUUGCUAUAAUGGAAAAUGCCAAUGUACUUGCUCGUUAUGCCAGCAUUUGCCAACAGGUAAUCUGAAGAGCAUUUGUGUCUGAAACUGAGGCAACUUAUUAACCCCAGUCAGUUUUUAUCAAAUGUUGCAUCUUUCUAUAACUGCCUUUUGAUUUAACCCUUUUGUGCGCCUACAUAGCUUUUAGUUCUAUACAGUGUAUGUAGUCCAUCUGACGCACCAUUGGAAUAAUCCCUCUACUUGUGUGUUUUUUGGUUGUUUUUUUUUUUUUUUUGUCCCAUUUGUUGGAAUAUAUUUAUUGGGAAGGUGUAAUGCUAAUACGUUUUAAGGCUUUCUAUAAAUUUUUCUCUACAUGGUGCUUGGCUAUCAACAAUCGCAUAACUGGUUGCAUUCAGUGGGAGAAACCCAAAACAAAGAUCUGUAUUUGAUGAAUGAAUCUGUCUCUUUUGUAGAAUGGAAUUGUUCCAAUUGUGGAACCAGAGAUUCUGCCUGAUGGAGACCACGACCUAAAGCGUUGCCAAUAUGUGACUGAAAAGGUGAGUUUGUAGGACACAGCUCUAUUAAAACACAUUGGCACCAUACAUGGUCAGAGGGAUAUAUCUAGUGCAUUCAAAGGCUUCCAGGGGUUCAGCUGCAGCCAUGAUCAUACCUGGCUUUGUCACUUUUUUUUUUUAUAUGAAAAAAAGUAAAUAUCAUUGCAAUGUUACUUUAACUUUAUUCUGGUAACUGACUGUUAUUUGCAAAUCCAGGUACUUGCUGCUGUGUACAAAGCUCUGAGUGAUCACCAUGUGUAUCUGGAGGGAACUCUCCUGAAACCUAAUAUGGUAACCGCUGGGCAUGCUUGUCCCAACAAAUACACUUCUGAGGAGAUUGCCAUGGCAACUGUAACUGCACUGCGUCGUACUGUGCCCCCUGCAGUAACAGGUAAGCAAGUGAAACUAGAUGGCUUUUAUAUUCUACAUAAUUCUAGGUCUACUUGGUUCUACACAACUUAAUAUUGCAAAUUUAGAGUAAACAAUCAAACCUUAUAACUGAGGUGAAAAUUCAUACUAUCAAAUAUUAAAUGGUUUUUAAGACCAUUAAAUGUUGCUUCAUUGAUGGUAAAUUCUUUGAGCCAGUAACUAAAUUGCUAAUUAUCCAGAUUCCAUUGCCUACUCUGAACUAUAUUCUGACAUGUUUGAAACCAUUUUCUGUUGCAUGAUCACUGAUUGUUACUACUGUGUAGAUUUGUUGUCACAAAUUCUAUCUUUAAAUAGUUUUUUAUGUUGAAUUAGAAUACUUGGUUAAGAAAAACCAGGAUGCAAGAGUAUGGAGAACUGACAACCACUCAACUAGACUGCUCUUCAGUGGGUCCCCACUCAGAUCGCAAGUUUGGUUUUUAGCUCCUCUUGGGCUAUUUGCAGAUCAGACUGAUGCCACCAAAAAGGGCAGUCCAUACCGACAUGCAGGCCGGCUCUCUGUACAAGAGACACUGCAACACCAGACAUCGUUUUAGCCUUGUUUGGCAUUGUCAGGGAGGUAUAGAAGAUCUCUCUAGGCCCUGUGAGAAAGGGAUAUCAGCUACACUUCACAGACUAUGCCAAACAAGGCUAAAAAGAUUGUCUGGGGUUUUUGUAUUUUUUUUUUUUUUUUUUUGUAAGAACACAAGAUGAGCUUAAACCAGCUUGAGAUCUGUUCAGAGACCCACCAAAGGUUCAGGCUAUUUGAGCUGUUGUCAGUCUCUGUACUCUCUUGCACUCUGGUUUUUGCGUUUAAAAAAAAAAAAAAAAUGGUUUAACUACAAGCUAUUUGGGUCAGAUAAAAUAGUAUAUCUUGAAAAGUGUGGGUAUAACUUUAUUGCACCAUAUUAAUGCAGUAAUAUUUAGUCCCACAAAUUACUCUACAUGAACUAAAGGAAACGAAUAUCUGAAUUGUCUUACGUUUUUGUUUCAGGAGUUACUUUCCUCUCUGGUGGGCAGAGUGAAGAGGAAGCUUCUAUUAAUUUGAAUGCAAUAAACAAUUGCCCUCUGCUUCGUCCAUGGGCACUUACCUUUUCUUAUGGGCGUGCCCUGCAGGCUUCUGCACUAAAUGUCUGGCGUGGCCAGAAAGAGAACGAGGAUGCUGCCGCUGAGGAAUUCUUGAAACGUGCAGAGGUAACCUGUUUGUAUGAGAAUUUGGAUCUCUCAUCCAUUGCACGCCUUGUUAUGGCAUUAUAACAUCUCUUACAGACAAUCAAAGGGGGUGGUGUUUAGCGGACGGUACAUGCGUGGAUGCUUUAUGCCACACACCGGUAUUAUGAUUGUGUCUCUCCUGGUGGCAGAUGAAUAUAUACAGGAUAUAUAUAAUCUUUAGAAUGGUGAUGGGAGCCAUCAUUUAUAAUGUAAGGUCCGUUCAGUGACAUAGAUUAAUACGGGUUACUUUUGCAUCUGCACACAGACUCUUAAUACACUUCAAUCCCACCCCUAUACACCACAUGGGGCGGUACUGAGAUUUCCUCCCCUCUAGAGACUGUUUAGCCAAUCAUAAGAUUUUUUUUUUUUUUUUUUUUUUUAUGCUCUAACUCAAAAAUAACAUCACACAUGUGUGAUAUACUCCCUCCCACCCUGCCUGGUUAUCCCAUUGGCUGUCUGCAGACACACCACUGAAGUAGGGUACUUGAGUGAGCUCUAGGUUAGUAGAUUUGCCUUUGACAAAGGUGCAUCUACCGAAGCACCAACUCGAGCGUUCUAUAGUGUUUAUGGACACUGCAAUGUUUACAUAUCAGUUUGAUUAAGAUGCUAUCUUUUAUUUUAUUUUUUCCCUUUUAUUCUUUCUCUUUGCUCCUAUACCUGUCUAGUCAGUUUACCAGGGAGAGAGGCUAGUUAAAUUAAUAACAGGCAGCUGUUUUGGUUUUUUUUGUUGGUCUUUGUGUUUUUAUUUUUUGUUUUUUCAUUCAAGUUUUCUCCCCUUUUUUGACUAUUUGACAGUGUCUAUCCUCUAAGGCAAUUUUCUACUGGUAUUACAGACCGAUACAUGAUCUAUACCAUAAGAGGAGGACUUAGUUUAGUAUAUUCCUAGGGUUAUGUUAUUGGAUAAUAGGAGCAAUACAUAUACAAAUAAAGCUCAUGAUAUUUGACACUUACCUUCAUUUUAGGAUUAUGGAGUUAGACUAUUUGUAAAUAGGAGCAUACCUUAUUAGGUGGUUAUUUAACUAUUAUUGAUUUAUUUUUUUUUUUUUAAUCUCCUCAUAAAUAUUCAUUUGAUACUGGGUACCUUAUACACGUUUUGAUCUACUUCUAUCAUAUCAGUAUGACUAUAUGUCCAGGUGAUGCAUAUGAUCACAACACAACAUUGAUAGAAAUCCCUAUCUUUUCUUUUUGUAUAUUGGGGUUAAGCCCCUAGAGACCCCUGGAGUCUCGCUUUGGUACUGGAAAUAGUUGGUUAUACCUGGACGCUAUUUGUUUUAUAUAUAAGUAAGGGUACUACCCACUGUCUUCUAUUUGUUCGUUCUACACUGUUAUACCUUUUUAUUGACUUGGAGUUGCACAAAAUGAUCUGAAACUAGGAUAUCUAGUAAAUAUCUCAGUAUUUCUGAUUCUGUAAAAUCUUCUUUUUUGCAGGUGAACGGCCUUGCAGCCUGCGGCUUGUACGAGCACAGUAGUGAUGGAUCAGGGGCAGCUGGCCAGUCCCUGUAUGUGGCCAACCACGCAUACUGAACACACUGGACCACAAAGCACUAACCCACAGAACCCCUCCACUCUGCUUCCUUCCUCUUACAGCCAUUUUGUGGUUUAGACACGGCAUAACCUUACACAGCUAAUGUGAUCUCUUUGCAGUUCUAGUUGGUCAUGGAAGUGGUAUUGGGAUGGGAUUCAGAAAAUCUUGCAUUUAUUUUCCUAGCAGAAUUUUUAUUUUUGAAGAUCUACAGUUUGGUUUCAUUCCAAUAAAGCAAAGAUGCAUACUGCUAUAACUGCAGUUACUCUAACACUUUACAGGAGGAAAUGUUUAUGUGGAAUUCUAUGAAGAUUGUUAGAAUGAUCAGGUGGCUGUACUGAUGUUGCCCAUCUUAUCAUCUGUCACAAGCACUAUAGUAAAUCCCUACCCUGUUAUGUGGAAGGUACACUUCGCAACUAACUGCUCAUCAAACCUUGACAUCCCUCCUCAACACUGUUCUGUGAAAGGUGUUGCACUAUGUGGUACAUCUGUAGACAAGUGGCUUGUGUGCUGCCCAAUUUGUUAAACCGGUCGUUCACUCAUGAGAAACUGGUUGAAAUGUUACAACUGAAUGGUUAGCAGGAUCUCAUGGCAACGUAGGGCAUAAAAUUACAUGCUGAGCAUAUUGUGAUUUAGUAUUGUCUUUACCUGUAUGAAACUGAUGUACCAAAUUAGUUAAAGAAUAAACUAGUGAAAAG